AAAAAAUCGAUUAAAGCAACUUUUAGCUUUUUUUUAUUUUUAAUUUCGGUUUACCCAUUUUUUAACUUUAAUUAUCGUUACGUUAAAGUUAACGAAAUUUUUAAAAGCUUUAUUUGGCUAAUUUUUGGUUAUAAUAUCCGCAAAAUUGUUUGCUUUUGCAAUCCACCGAAUUUUAUCGAUUUUUCGUUUUUUAUAAAAUUUACAAAAAGCCAUAAUAUUUAUUAUAAAGCGUUUUUCCGUUAUUAUUUUAAAUUAAAUAAAGCAUUAGUAAAGCAACAAAUUAUUAAUGCAAAUUACCAAUUUGCAAAAGGGCAGGACGUAACCUGCAUUAAACCCGUUAACCAUGCCGUAAAUUUCGCUGGCAAAAACGCUGCGUAUUAUUCUUUUGCAUUUUAUAAAGCUUUAAUGCAAUAUAUUUCCCGUAAUUUAAAAGCUAUUUUUUUGCUUUAUGCUUUAUUUAACGCUAAAAAUAACUAA